AUGUUGGCAUUUUGCUUGACACGGCCGUGUUCAGAGGCUGAUGUUGCAGCUUAUCGUCAUUUGUUCCGGCAAAUCAAGAAUGGCGAUCUGCAGCUUGGCAUGAGGGAACGUUGUGGUGGUCUUGUGAGAAGAUCAGAAUCCGGCUUGAAGGUGCCCUUGUUGUAG